CUGCUCCAGAGCUUGGUUUCUGUUGUGUUUGGUUCUGUACUUUGGUCAGAGGAGCAGCAGAAGAUGGUCCCGCCUCUCUGUGGUCCUGUUAAAUACUAAAACUGGUGCAACAGCAGGUGAAGCUCAACGACGCAUCUCUUCUGGAUAUCCAACAUGAAAGGUGACAGCAGCAAAACAAGCCUGCCUAAGGCUUCACCCCAAGGGUUGGACAUACUCCCAGCCCCGCAGGAGAAGAUGGAGGAGCGUGGUCAGUGGAGCAACAAGAUUGAGUUCAUCCUGUCGGUGGCGGGGUCCAUCAUUGGCCUGGGGAACAUGUGGAGAUUCCCGUACCUCUGCUACAAGAACGGGGGAGGUGCAUUCCUCAUCCCGUAUCUCAUCUUCCUGUUCACCUGUGGUGUUCCGGUCUUCUUCCUGGAGACAGCCCUGGGUCAGUACACCAGUGAAGGAGGGAUAACUUGCUGGAGAAAGAUCAGCCCCUUGUUUGAAGGUCUUGGCUACGGAACACAGGUGAUUGUGACUCUGCUGAACUUCUACUACAUUGUCGUUCUGGCAUGGGGCAUUUUCUACUUGUCCUUCUCCUUCUCGUGGGAUCUGGCCUGGUCCUCUUGUAACAAUACCUGGAACACAGAGAACUGUGUGGAGUUCCAGAGGGGGAACAGCUCAGUAAACCAAACAAUCAACCUAAAUGCCACUUCUCCUGUCAUUGAGUUCUGGGAGAGACGAGCAUUGAGGAUCUCUACUGGCAUAGACCACAUAGGAUCCCUGAACUGGGACCUGGUACUGUGUCUUCUCAUCGCCUGGGUCAUGUGCUAUUUCUGCAUCUGGAAAGGGGUCAAAUCCACAGGAAAGGUGGUCUACUUCACAGCUACUUUCCCUUAUGUGAUGCUGAUUGUCCUGCUGAUCCGAGGACUCACCCUGCCUGGUGCUGGAAUAGGGAUCCAGUUUUACCUUUACCCAGACUUGGGACGAUUAGCAGACCCUCAGGUUUGGAUGGAUGCAGGCACGCAGAUCUUCUUUUCCUACGCAAUAUGUUUGGGCUCUUUGACGGCGCUGGGAAGUUAUAACAGAUACAACAACAACUGCUACAGGGACUGUCUGUCACUCUGCUUUCUGAACAGUGGCACCAGCUUUGUGGCAGGAUUCGCAAUCUUCUCCAUUCUGGGUUUCAUGUCUUACGAGCAAAACGUUCCAAUCUCUGAAGUGGCAGAAUCUGGGCCUGGACUGGCCUUCAUAGCGUACCCCCGUGCUGUGUCCAUGAUGCCUUUCUCCCCACUGUGGGCCACGCUUUUCUUCGUCAUGAUCGUGUUUCUGGGUCUGGACAGCCAGUUUGUAUGCGUGGAGAGUCUGGUGACAGCAAUCGUCGACAUGUACCCUUCUGUGUUCCGCCGCAAGAACCGCCGUGAGCUAUUCCUCCUAGCAGUGGUCUUUGUCUCCUUUCUGAUGGGUCUCAUCAUGCUGACAGAGGGUGGAAUGUACGUAUUCCAGCUCUUCGACUACUACGCAGCCAGUGGCAUGUGUCUCCUGUUCAUGGCCAUUUUUGAAACUGUCUGCAUCGCCUGGGUUUAUGGUGUUGAGCGCUUUUAUGACAACAUUGAGGACAUGAUCGGCUACCGACCGGGUCCCUAUAUCAAGUAUUGUUGGUUGUUCUUCACCCCGGCCACAUGCAUUGCAACCUUCGCCUUCUCACUCAUCAAGUACACACCGCUCAAGUACAACAAUGAGUAUGUGUAUCCGUGGUGGGGCUAUGCCAUCGGCUGGCUGCUGGCUCUCUCGUCCAUGGUCUGCAUUCCGUUAUGGAUGAUCUACAAGCUCAGCACCACACAGGGAACUUUCAGAGAGCGCCUCCAGCUGCUCACCCGUCCAUCUGAUAGUUUACCCAAAACCAAACGAGAGCAGGAGCGACUACUGGCCAUCUUCGCUCCCGAGGAAGAUCCUGCCACCAUUAAUAAAAAUGGCUACGUCCCUGUCCCGGAGAGAGACUCCAACUUAUGAGCGCUGAAUUACUUCAGGGACAUAUGCAACUUCACGGUGGCGAGGGAACCUUUCAUGGAUUUUGUUUUAUGUGCGAUUAUGUUGAAUGUUUGGGGAAAAUUCGGCUCACAUGUAUAAUGUUCACAUUUUGAAAUGAAUACCCAUAGGUGUGUAAUCCUUCAGUCCUUCGUUUUAUAUUUUGUAACUUAA